CCCGAAUGCGAAGCGAACGUAUUCCUGCGGGGAACCGCCGACCCUGGCAUCCCGGUCUACAAGCAGGUGGUUGCCUGGAGGCUGGGGCUCGAAGGCCGGCAGCCCGAGGUCGCGGUGCUGUCCAAGGAAGGCGGCUGGAUAAGCCUCGCCAAGCCCAGGAACAGCUACGAGGAGAGUUUCAGAACGGUAUUUAUCACCGUGCGGAUGCUUCACUUCCUCAGGAGGAAGCCCGAGGAGCCCGAGAAGAGCCUGUGGAACCACCUCCGCAAAGUUUUCGACAAGUUUGACGUUAGGCCGUCCAAGGAAGAUUUCAGGAGUCACCGUUCGCUGAUGAAGCAGUUCGCCGAGAAGGAUUCGAAGUUAGCGAAAUCCGAGAUAUUUCAAGCUUUUGUUGAAGAAAAAUCUAAGAAACAAAUAAGCAAGGUUGAUUCAGAUGAUUUUGAAAUGAAGGAGUCAUUUAUUGCCGCUGAUGAGGAUGUUGAGGAUAUGGUUGCUGAUGGCAGUACUGAAUCUGAUGAAGAUGAGGAGGAUGAUUUGUUUGAUUUCACUUGUGCCAUAUGUGACAAUGGAGGAGAUCUGCUUGGGUGUGAUGGCCCAUGUAUGAGGUCUUUCCAUGCCAAAAUAGGAACAGGCGAAGAUUCUCAGUGUGAUACCCUUGGGUUCACGGAGGCAGAAGUUGAGGCAAUGAAAACAUUUUUGUGCAAGAACUGUGAGUAUAAGCAACAUCAAUGCUUUAUUUGUGGAGUAUUGGAGCCUUCGGAUGGACCAACUGCUAAGGUGUUUCUUUGUAAUAACGCUACCUGUGGGUACUUUUACCACCCCAAAUGUGUUGCACGACGACUUCAUCCUAACAACAAGGUUGAAGCCGUAGAAAAGGAGAACAGCAUAGCAGGUGGAUUUUCAUUUACGUGCCCCAUUCAUUGGUGCUUUCAAUGUAAAGGUCUGGAGGACAGAUCAGAAGAACAUUUGCAGUUCGCUGUUUGUAGACGCUGUCCAAAGUCAUAUCACCGAAAAUGUCUGCCAAGAGAAAUUCCCUUUGAAGAUAGCGAUGAUGAUGAGGACAUUGUUACACGGGCCUGGGACCUUUCAAAAAGAAUUUUGAUCUAUUGCUUGGACCAUGAGAUAGAUAGUGACCUUGAAACACCUGUCAGAAAUCAUAUAAAGUUUCCGGGUAUUGCCAAAAUUGUAAGAGCAUCAGAUUUUCUAAAGAAGAAAACCAAUGUGUCAACUAAGAAGAAAAAGAGGACUUUUGGUGAGACAUUUCCUGAUCAACCUUCAAAUAAACCUGCAAACUUGCCAAUGAAGGGCCGUGUUCAAGAAGAUCAACGUGCCAGAAGAAGUGACGUGAAGAGUUCAUCCGAGCAGUUUGUUGAAAAGCCUGAGAAGAAAAAAGCAAAGUUAUUUAAACAGACACAGCCUGAACCAGAGAGUACUGAACCAAAUUUGGCCAGGGAUUCUUCUGUAAGCAGUCCAAGACCUGCAAAGGAGCAAGAAAAAUACUUGACAAGUUCACACUUAUCUACUACAGGGAACAUGCCACAGAGUUCAUUUCCUAGAGUAAACAGCGAAAUAGAAAAAAGGGUAAUUGCUCUGGUGGAAAAAGACGUCUCUUCCUUGACACUACAUGAUAUAUCAAGGAAGUGUUUUGUGCCUUCAACUCAUGUCUACUCUGGCAAGCAAACAGACAAGAUUGUUGCAACAGGCAGGCUUGAGCAAUCUGUUAAGGCUGUAGGAGCAGCUCUAAAAAUGCUGCAUGAUGGAAAUAGUGUUAAUUAUGCAAAAGCAGCGUGUGAACCUCAAGUUUUGACACAGCUCGCAAGGUGGCAUACUAGGCUCAGAGUAUAUCUCUCGCCUUUCAUCCAUGGCUCUCGCUACAGUUCUCUUGGUCGACAUUUCACAAAGGUGGAAAAGCUUGUUGAGAUUGUUGAUAGACUUCAUUGGUAUGUGGAACCUGGUGACACGAUAGUGGAUUUCUGCUGUGGUGCAAAUGAUUUCUGUCGAUUGAUGAAAGAAAAACUUGAUCAUGUUGAGAAGAAUUGCCAUUUCAAGAAUUUUGAUCUUAUCCAACCACAGAAUAGCUUUUGCUUUGAAAAGAGGGAUUGGAUGACCGUGCAGCCGAACGAACUUCCUCGCGGUUCUCAACUAAUAAUGGGGCUUAAUCCUCCUUUUGGAGUCAAAGCAGCCCUUGCAAACAAAUUUAUUGACAAAGCAUUGUCUUUUAAGCCUAAGCUCAUUGUACUAAUUGUUCCAAAGGAAACUAAAAGGCUAGACCAGAAGAAGACACCUUAUGAUUUGGUUUGGGAGGAUGGUUACUGUCUUGCUGGGAAGUCAUUUUAUUACCCUGGUUCUGUUAGUGUGGAUGACCAAUCAAUUGAAGGGUGGAAUAUAUCUGCACCACCCCUCUAUUUGUGGAGCCGUCCUGAUUGGACAAAAAAGCAUAAGAAAGUAGCCGAGGAGCAUAAUCACACAAAUAUGGGGAUGGUUGCUUGCGGUACUGAAGAGGGUAAUCGAUCCGAUGGUAUCCUUGUGAAGAAAGAAACUAAAUCUUCUGAUGUACCUUUGCGCAGACCAGCUAAGCCUGAGAAAAGCAAACAAAAUGGGAGAUCAGGAAAAGCUAAAGAGAAGACUGCACAUGAUGUCAGAGAGGUUCCAACAGGCAAAAUGAAAGAGAGUAGAGAGAGGACAUCAUCCUGUGUAAAAGAUGUUACUCAAUCAAAUGAACCCCUUGUUAGGAAACAAGAUAGAUCUGUUGAAGAGAGAGCCAAAGCUAAAUGCAAUGCGGAGAAACUAGCUAGAUCUGGAGAAGACAGAGAGGCGAAUGUAUCAGAUAACCACCCUGUGAAGAAGCAAGCUGAAGCUAGCUCUCAACAAAUGCGCCAACCAGGAAAACAGAAUAGCAUGGAUGUAAGCAAGAGCUCUGAUGACAGGAGCAGGAAAAGGACCCCGGACGAAGUAGAUAGCAUGCCUCCAGAAAAGCAAGUGGAAGUUGCCUAUGAGGAGACAAGAGUUCCGAGUAAAACGAUUAUUCACCAAGAUCAAAGACAUGUUCUAUGUGACGAUGGAAUAAAUGCUCGUGUACAGGAAUCCAAGAGAGCAGGAUCAGACAUGAGUAUGUCGUCCCCUCAGACCAGCAAUGCUCAAUACAGAUCCAGAAGCGAUUCCCCUUUUGUAACAACUAAACAACCUUCUGAUUAUAGGACAGCACACCUGGAUGGUAAUACGAGUUAUCAUGAGAAAGAUUCACACAUCCCUACAUAUCAGGGAAGUUAUUUGAUGCCCAGUGAUUGGCUCAAUGAUGCUCCUGAAGAGAAGAACGAUCCUAUGUUGUAUACCAGUGCCGAUGAUAUAUCAAAGAAGUACAGCUCCAGUAUUGAAGAUCUGCCCAAGCAGUAUACUGCAGCCCCAGCUGGCGAUGUGUACAGUCUGCAAGCUCAGGGAGAUAGGAGGCAGGAUGAUUACCUUCGGAACAGUCGAUACUCCCUUGGUUCUUCAGGUGCUAGAUAUGACCAGCCAUCUUUAACUUCGCAGUCUUACGGGCUCUCUGGUACAACUGCAUCACGAAGCUCAGUCAUCGAUAGGUAUGGUUCGGUGUUGCUUGGUGCAAGUGGAUCAGGAGCCUCGGCCAUGGACAAGUAUGCACCCGUGUACCUGGGUCCAGGUGCACCAGGGAGCUCAGUAAUGGACAGAUAUGCUCCCACCCUCGCGGAUACGAACUAUGUAACAAGAGGUGUCCCUGAUGUCCCUGGAUAUGGAAGAGACAUGUCUGGUGAUCCUCCACAUUAUCCAUACCGAGGACCAGACUCUUCUGGCAGAGGGCCGCCUUAUAUGUGAUCACUGAAGCUUCAAGUUACAUUAGUCGUGCAGUUUUUGACCUAAUCUACUCAGAGUGACGCUGUAGCUAGGUUGCCAAUGCCACAGUGCCUGCACCCUGUCCUGUCUUGUUCGUGCGUUAUUAGCACUAGCACCAAUUGUACAUAAGACGGGAAAGAUCAUACCUUGUAAUAUAACUCGAAUGGUCAGAAAUCGUAUGCAGCUGCUGAUUGGCACUUUGGCCCUUGGAAAAAUGAACUUCCAGUGUU